UACAUUACAUACAUUCACAUUCACAUUCACUUGAUCGGAAAACCAUCUUCUUCUUCUUCCGUCAAAUCAAAUGGCUGAUAAAUCAUUCAAAUACGUCAUCAUCGGCGGCGGUGUCUCUGCCGGUUAUGCUGCCAGGGAGUUUGCAAAGCAAGGAGUCCAACCAGGCGAGCUUGCAAUCAUCUCUAAGGAGGCGGUGGCUCCAUAUGAACGUCCUGCACUAAGCAAGGCUUAUUUGUUUCCCGAAGCACCUGCCAGACUCCCAGGGUUUCAUGUUUGUGUUGGAAGUGGAGGAGAGAGACUACUACCAGAGUGGUACGCAGAGAAAGGGAUAGAGUUGAUCCUUAACACAGAGAUAGUGAAAGCUGAUCUAGCUUCAAAAACUCUUACUAGUGCAGCUGGUGAUACCUUCAAGUACACAUUUUUAAUCAUUGCCACUGGCUCAACAGUUCUCAAACUGACCGACUUUAAAGUGGAAGGGGCUGAUGCCAAGAACAUUCUUUACUUGAGAGAGAUUGAUGAUGCUGAUCAACUUGUGGAAGCUAUUAAAGCAAAGAAAAAUGGAACUGCAGUUGUUGUCGGGGGAGGAUACAUUGGUCUUGAGCUUAGUGCAGUAUUGAAAAUCAACAACUUCGAUGUUAAAAUGGUUUACCCAGAACCAUGGUGCAUGCCUCGUCUAUUCACUGCUGAUAUUGCUGCUUUUUAUGAGGGCUAUUAUGAGAAAAAGGGAGUAAGCAUCAUCAAGGGCACAGUCGCUUCUGGAUUUACCAAAAAUGACAACGGAGAGGUUAAAGAAGUACAACUCAAGGAUGGGAGGGUACUAGAAGCAGAUAUUGUUGUUGUUGGUGUUGGAGCAAGACCCCUCACAAAUCUAUUCAAGGGACAAGUUGAAGAGGACAAGGGUGGAAUAAAGACUGAUGCAUCUUUCAAAACUAGUUUUCCUGACGUAUAUGCUGUUGGCGAUGUUGCUACUUUCCCCAUGAAAAUGUACGGUGACAUUAGAAGAGUUGAACAUGUUGACCAUUCCCGCAAGUCUGCUGAGCAAGCUGUCAAGGCUAUUUUUGCUAGUGAGCAAGGGAAGGAUAUUGAUGCCUAUGAAUACCUUCCAUUCUUCUACUCUCGUUCAUUUGAUCUAUCAUGGCAGUUUUAUGGAGACAAUGUGGGUGAUACUGUUAUCUUUGGUGACCAUGAUCCAUCAUCAGCAAAACCCAAGUUUGGGUCAUACUGGAUUAAGGAUGGCAAGGUAGUGGGUGCGUUUUUGGAAGGUGGUGCACCUGAAGAGAACCAAGCCAUUGCCAAAGUUGCCAAAGCCCAACCCCCAGUCUCGAGCUUGGAGGGGCUUGCAAAAGACGGCCUUGAGUUUGCCAGUAAGAUCUGAGAAAAUUUAGUUUACAUUCAUUAGCUUUCAUUUCACUAAACAGAAUAAUGAUCAAUAACAAUGCAUUUCGGUAUUUAUGGUUGAGUGUGUUCAUGUUGCAUUUGAAUCUUGAUUUGCUUGUAAUUUUUCUCCAUAAAGAAAAUUAGAAAAACAUUAUAAGAUUUGUUUUUGUAAA